AUGGCGUCCCCCAUUGGCCCCCCAGCGUACAAUGGCCAUGAAAAAGGACAGGCCGACAAGGGCGGCGUUACCACGAACCGCGCGGAAUCUCUCGACGGCAUCCGAAUCUCCAUAUCCUCCGGCGACACGAAGCGAAAUACGACUCACCGACAGCUCAAGGCCAGGCACAUCCAGCUCAUUGGCAUUGGAGGUACUAUUGGCACCGCUCUCUAUGUUCAAAUCGGAAAAGGUAUCCUCAAUGGCGGACCCGGCAGUUUGUUCAUUGCCUUCAGCUUCUGGUGCACCAUUGUCCUCGCCGUAACGCUGUGCAUGGCCGAAAUGGUCACCUAUCUGCCCAUCUCGUCGCCCUUUAUCCGAUUCGCAGGCCGCUACGUCGACGAGGCCUUUGGGUUUGCCACGGGAUGGAACUUCUUCAUCUUUGAAGCCGCGCUGGUGCCGUUUGAAGUGACGGCGUGCAACUUUAUCAUUCGCUACUGGACCGAUGCGAUUCCCACUGGCGCUUUCAUUGCAAUUGUCAUUGUGCUGUAUGCCCUCAUUAAUGUCCUGGCGGUGAAAUGGUAUGGCGAGACCGAGUUCUGGGCGGCGAUUGGCAAAGUAGUGCUCAUCGUUGGCCUCAUCAUCUUCACGUUCAUCGUGAUGCUGGGCGGGAACCCAAAGCACGACCGCUUCGGAUUCCGCUUCUGGAACGAGCCAGGGUCCUUUGCGGAGCUGUACUACGAGGGCAACUUGGGUCGAUGGCUGGGCUUUCUGCAGUGUCUCAUUCAGGCGGCGUUUACCAUUGCUGGGCCGGAUUACGUCUCCAUGGCGGCGGGCGAGGCAGAGAACCCGCGUGCUGUGAUGCCGAGGGCGUAUAACGCCGUGUUUUACCGGCUGACGGCUUUCUUCAUCCUGGGAUCGCUGUGUGUGGGCAUUCUGGUUCCGUAUAACGACAAGGAGUUGAUUGCGGCCUUUGCGAGUUCAAAACCAGGCGCUGCUGCUUCUCCCUACGUCGUCGCCAUGAACCGUCUUGGAAUCAACGUCUUGCCUCAUUUUGUCAAUGCCGCUGUCCUGACGGCUGCCUUUUCAGCCGGAAACUCGUACGUCUACUGCGCCUCUCGAUCCCUGUAUGGCCUCGCGUUGGAGGGAAAAGCGCCGAGGUUUCUGACAACCUGCACCAAGGCCGGAGUUCCGGUCUACUGCGUUGGCUUCGUCCUGCUCUUUGCUCUUCUUUCGUUCCUUCAGCUGUCGUCGAACACGGCCGUGGUGCUGAACUGGUUUGUGUCACUCGUGACGGCCUCGCAGCUCAUCAACUUUUGCGCCGUGUGCGUGUCGUACUUGUGCUUCCACCGGGCUCUCAAGGCACAGGGGAUCAGUCGUGAUUCGUUGCCUUAUAAGGCGUGGUUCAUGCCCUACGCGGCUUGGUAUGCGAUGGCUUGGACGUUUGUGAUGGCUUUUGUGGGUGGAUAUACCGUCUUCCUGCCGUUGCCUGGCUACUGGAACAUUGCCGACUUUUUGUUCUCCUACUCCAUGAUUUUUGUAUACCCAGUGUUAUACUUUGGCUACAAAUUCGUGCGCAAGACGAAGAUCCACAAGCCUGAGGAGGUGGACCUCUUUAAAGAUGUGGAUGAGAUUGAAGAGUACCAGAGAAACUACAUUCCCACUCCCCCAAGGAACGGGUUCGAAAAGAUUCUGGACAAGGUCUUCGGCUGAGUGGGAAACCUAUAAGUGUUGUGGUGGGUGAGGGAGUGAUUGUUGCUUGGUUGGUGAUGGACUGAGCAGUGAUUGCCCUUGCUAAUGGCUGUAUAUAUUGUAGAGAGACGCUUGAAUCUACAUAUUCAA